AUGGUCUUUGCUAGUCAAUUUAAGCUCGCAGCUUCAGUGGCAGCAAUCGCCCAGCUAGCUUUUGCAGCGAACAACAACACCAGCGCUAUUAAUUCGCAAAUCCGUCUCGCGUACCAUGGCGACAACGGCAUGAUGGUAUCGUGGAACACGUUCCACAAGCUCGGCAAGCCUACCGUUCACUUUGGCCUCUCGGCCAGCAACCUUAACGAGACGGCCUCAUCGAAGAUUUCGGUUACCUACCCGACCUCGUUGACUUAUAACAACCAUGUCCUUCUCACAGGCCUAUCUCCUAACACCACCUACUUCUAUCUGCCCGCCCACCUAGCCGACUCCCACUCGUCAGUGCCCUACAACUUCACCACCAGCAGGGUUGCCGGCGAUAUGACCCCCUUCUCCAUCGCGGUUGUUGUUGACCUCGGCACUAUGGGCACCCGGGGCCUGACCACUAGCGCUGGCACGGGUGUCAAGCCCCAGAACAUCCUGAAGCCCGGAGAGACCAACACCAUCGAGUCACUGACCAAAUACCGGAACGAUUUCGACUUUAUUUGGCACCCUGGUGACAUUGCGUAUGCGGACUACUGGCUCAAGGAGGAAAUUCAGGGUUUCCUGCCAAACACCACCAUUGAAGGGGGUCACACGGUUUACGAGGCCAUUCUCAAUGACUACUACGACCAGAUGAUGGCAGUUACCGCUACCAAGCCCUACAUGGUCGGCCCUGGCAACCACGAAGCUACGUGCGAUAACGGCGGUACCACCGACAAAGUCCACAAUAUUACUUAUACAGCUGACAUCUGCGUCGUGGGUCAGACCAACUUCACCGGCUACAAGAACCACUUUCGCAUGCCGAGUGACAUCUCAGGUGGCACCGGAAACUUCUGGUACUCGUUCGACAGCGGAAUGGUGCACUUUGUUCAGCUCGAUACCGAGACCGAUCUCGGUCACGGCCUGAUCGGUAACGACGAAGUUGGCGGCGCUGAAGGCAUGAACGCUGACCCUGUCAAUGCCACAAUGGAUGCGCAGACUAAGUGGCUCGAAGCCGACCUGGCCGCCGUCGACCGUGCCAAAACUCCCUGGGUCAUUGUCGCCGGCCACCGCCCGUGGUAUCUCAGCCAUGCUAACGCCUCAGGCACCAUCUGCUGGUCCUGUAAGGACGUUUUUGAGCCGCUUUUCCUCAAGCACAGCGUUGAUCUGGUACUCUCCGGCCACUCCCACGUCUACGAGCGCCAGGCUCCCAUUAACAACAACGUCUACGACACUGCCGAGCUCAACAACCCCACGGCUCCCUGGUAUAUCACCAAUGGUGCUGCCGGUCACUACGAUGGCCUCGAUGCCCUCGAUACCGCCCGCAAGAACUACAGCCGCUUCGGUCUUGACACUUCUAAUGCUACUUACGGCUGGUCUAAGCUGACUUUCCACAACUGCACCCACAUGUCCCAUAAUUUUAUCGCCAGCAACAACGGCAGCGUCCUCGACACUGCCACUCUUUUCAAGAACCGCAACUGCAGCACCGGCAAGAUUACCAAGGCCAACUCGAGCACUGAUACCGCUUAG